GUUGGUUAGACGUGCUAAUAACGCGAAGGUCGUGAGUUCGAUCCUCCCAUGGGCCAUUUCUUUUUUUUAUCCACCAUACAGCGAAAAGUGGAUUGCCGAAUUGUUGGGCGUAUGAAACUUAAUUCGAAAAUUCGCAGAAAUUAUUUUUUCGAAUAAUAUGGUUUUCUAAGAAUUUAAAUAGAUCAUCAAUUUUACUUUUAACCGAAUAAUGAAAUCCGCGCAGUGUUCUCAACAAUCGGAACUAAAAUUAAUGUGAAAUCAAUAUGACUGUAGUUGUAGCCGCACAAAUUGUCCUCGAAAUUGUGUUACUUCGAAAUUAAACAGAACAUUUUUAAUGCACGAAUCGGAAAGGAUUUCAGUUGAUUAAAAUUCCGAGUGCUAGAAACACUGUGCGGCUAUUUGAUGUGUAAUCUCGAUGCAUUCGAAUUCUCCUAUAUAAACUCAAACACGACAUGGUUGUUUCAGUCAGCGUCCACUGUUCUAACUAUGCAAAUAAUUCAGUUGAAUUUGAAAACGACAAUUUGUUAACAAUUGAAAAAUUUAAUUCAUAAUAAAUUCCUUCUAAAAAUUACGCAUUGAAGGAAAAUGAAGUUACAAUUGGUCUUAAUAAUUGCCUUGCUGGAAAUUGUUUCCAUUUUUGGCUGCCCUUCGGGAAAUCAUACUGAAGAAAUGCAUCAUCAUAUAGCUAUAGUAAAAACUUAUCAUAUCGAUCCAUUUGUUAAAACUAAUUGGUUCAGGGCUAUUGCAUAUUGUAACUCCAUUGGAAUGCGUUUGGUGAACAUAUAUUCGGAGGAAGAAAACGAGAAAAUCGUGAAAAUGGUCAACGACUCAGGCUAUGGAAACUAUGAUUUUUGGACGUCGGCUACUAAUUUCGGUCACACACGUUGGUAUUGGUUGGGUAAUGGAAACAAUAUGGUGUUCAAUAACUGGGGAUACUACAUGGGAGGUCAACAGCCAGAUAAAGAAGAUGAACAUUGUGUCCUUCUCUAUCACAUGGACAAUUUCAGAUGGCACGAUUUCCCAUGCACCGAUGACAAUCAUGUUAUAUGUGAAAAGUCAUCCGAAUAUUUGACUUCAACGUGUCUUUAAUCAAUGUACGCAUAUAUAUUCGAUGCUAUUUGAAAAUAUAAUGGAACAAAAUUGAUCAAAAUAUAAAUAAUAAAGUUCGAUUCGUUGCAAAUCAAA